UAGUAAAAAAAACGUAUGUUUUGUGUUAAUCAGAAAACUGAAUGUUAACAAAAAGCGUACGAAAGAGUGAGAAGGUUGUCACAAAAAUAGCACCAGUGUAGCCAAAAAAAAAAGAAAAUGUACUGUUUUUAUCUUUUUUAUCUGGGUAGCAUUAAUUGUUGGAAGCAUGUCGAUUGCUGAUGGACCUGGAAACAGAGUAGGAAUGGAUCCGACAUCAUGCACGGAAGAAGUGCAGCGCCUUCCCCUAUGUCGAGUGUGCAACAAAAAGUCGCCAAAAUGCUAUUCCCUCUUCGCACCGCAUUUAAUGUCUGGUGAGCUGACGACGCUGGCCACGGUCUUGAGUUUUUGCGCCAACAUGGAGGUUCUCGAGGAGGAUCACUUCCUUCCUUCGCAAAUAUGCAGCAAAUGCGCUCAGUGCUUGUCGCAAGUGUACGACUUCAAGCGCACUGUACUCCGUACUGAUCACAUGCUACGCAAGGAGUACUCAGAUCGGUGCCAACGGCAGCGCGAGACUGCCUUGAAAGCGCUGUCAGUUGUGGCAGCUAAUGCCACAAAAUCGCCACUCUCAUCCCCUGCCUUGGAGGAACCAGAAAAUAUAGAAGCAGAGGAGCCAGAAGAUAUUGAAUUCAUUGAGGAGGCUACUAAAUUGGAUCUGGUCGAGCAAGAGAGCUGCCAAUAUAUAUAUGUGUAUGAAACUGGGUACGAGAAUACGGACAGCGUUAUAGACGUUUCCAAUGCGGAGAGCGUCAUCGAGGAAUCGGCCGAAGAUGAUGAGGUGGCCUUCGAAUGUGAUGAACAGCAGUUCGAAAGCGAUGAACAGUCAACUGUUGUUGAGAUGAUCGAUCAGGAGGAGAUCGAAAGUGACUAUGAGCUGGAAAAAGAAGUUCUCGAUGUGGUCUUGCAUCAGGAGGAUGACGGAGACUUGCUAAAACAGUCUAUGGAAACUGAAAAAAACAAUGCGUUGAGUGUAAAGCCGCGUAAAAGUCGAGAACGAAAGUCCCAGCCAGAAUUCCAGUGCUCGAUUUGUGGUAAAAAGCUAAGCACCACCAACUCCUUUAAAUACCACAUGCAACUGCACAGCGAUGAGACGCCAUUUGUGUGUAAAAUAUGCGGCGAAUCCUUUAAGACGCGAAACGCCUACGACGGUCAUAUCACCCUUCACAAUCCCAACAAUCCGAACAAAUGCGACCAUUGUGGCAAAACCUAUCGUCAAGCCUCCUCUCUACGAAAUCAUAUGCUCACACACACUGGUAUCAAACCGUUCCGUUGCGACAUUUGUGGUAAAGGACUGACCCAGAAGUCUGGCUAUAAAAAGCACAUGCUGACCCACACCGGCGAGAAGCCACACACCUGCGAUAUUUGCCAACGCGAGUUCCGCUACUCGAGCAAUCUUAUAGCCCACAAACGGUCCCACAGUCAGGAGAAACCCUACCAAUGCGACAUAUGCCACAAAAAGUCCUUUGUGAGCAGUUCGGAACUCAAUCGCCAUAAGCUUGUGCACAGUAAUGAGAAGCCCUUCCUCUGUCCCGAAUGCGGCAAAACCUUCAAACGUCACGUUUCCUUUGCUAUGCAUCAGCAGACGCAUGCAGCGUUCAGAACUCGCAUGCAGGAGGUCGAGCCAAAUACACUAAUUGUGGACGAUUUGUCACCGCCGCCGGACAGCGAUGACAAUCCCAAUGGCGAUCCUGCGUAGACCAAACUCAUACAUACGUUUGUGUGUAUGUAGAACAAUCAUGCGAACUUUAUCAAAUAUGCAUACAUAUGCAUAUGUGAGUUGCCACAGAAGGACACUUCUAUGGGAUAAUGAUCAGAGUAGAUUGAAUUAUCAUUUCAUACGAUAUAGUUUUAUUGUUAUAGAUAGCUUAUAUGAUAUUUUGCUUUUAAUUACAUCAUCACAAACAGAAAAAGUUCAGCAUACACACAUUCAAUUGUGUUACAU